GCCACAUACUCAGAAGAAAGGAGGUAAAGAAAAAGAAACAAAAGAAAUUUGUUUGCCUUGUUGCUCCAAAUAACACGUUUCUAUAAAUUCCAGAGCACAAGAUUCAAACAAAAAAUAUGCGCAUCAAUGUUCUCUGUAGCCGAUCGCACACAGUCAACGGCGUUCACAAAGAAGGAGGGCGGCAGCAGCGGCAGCGGCAAAAAGCUGCGAUCGGGCACAGCGACCUCGGUCAACCUGCUCAACGCCAACCCGACGUACUACAUUGAGCCGGCGCGCAUCCAGCUCGCGACGCUGAAUGCCAACACGGCGAAUGACUCGCAUGUGAACAAGUUUAUGCAGAUCGACGACGCCCUGCUGCAGAGCAUCGGCAAGGGUCAUUUCCCGGGAACGCUCGGACGGGACUUUAAGCUCUUUGGGCGGCCGGCUCUGCUGUACCGCCGGAUCACGCAGCAGCUGGUGGAUCGGCUGACGGGCGCGCCGGCACAGCGGGCGACGGUCAUCGAUGGAAAGAACGGCUCUGGGAAGAGCGCCGAGCUGAUGAAGCUUGCAGCGGUGGCGGCGGCGAAAGGCCAUAUUGUGGUGUACGCGCACUCGACCCUGCCCUGGGUCAACUCCAGCAGGCCAUAUGCGCCAGCCAACGAGGGCUCGCUGUUUGUCCAGCAUGAGCUGACUUUGGAGCUGCUCAAGUCCAUCCUGAUGCUGAGCAAGGAAGCUCUGGCGCGCGUUGCGCUCGGCCGCGAGGUUGUCCUGGGAAAGAAGACGCUGACUGCCGAGCAGACGCUGGCCGAUUUGGUGAGCUUUGGUAUUCACACGCCGUCGCUGGCCCACGAUGCUCUGGACCAGCUGCUCGCUAUGGCCAGCGCGCAGACGCAAGUGCCUCUGCUUGUUGCCCUGGACAACGUCAACACGCUGUGGUGCAACACGGCGUAUAGGGACCAGCAGGAUGCUGUGUUGCCGGCUGAGCGUCUGCGGCUGGUGCGUGCGUUCCUGCCUUUCUUUGACAGCUCUCGCGCGAUUUCUAGCGGCUUGGCAAUCGGUGCCACGUCGUACUCCGAGGUGCGGUUUAUGCCCAGGGAUCUGAAGGAGAGACUCAACCCGCCGCCCAUGGUGCCCCUGGCCAACCCCGACGUUGCCAGCGACCCCAAAGUCACCAGGCCGCUGACCGAUGUCCCGUUCGAUGUCGUCAAGGUCGAUCGCAUGACCGCGCAGGAGGCAUGGGCGCUGAUGGCCUUUUACCACAAAACCAACGUCGUGUCGAUGCCCGUCACCGAAUCGCUGGUGGCCCAGAAGUGGGUUGUUGCCGAUGGCAACCCGCGCCAGAUUUUUGGCAGUGUCACUUCGUACUUUUGAAGAAAAAAGGGUGUGUCGGCUUUUGAUAUCCCCGCUAUUGAGAAAUCCAUUUAUUUAUAAAAAAUAUGAGAAAAAUGAGAAAAUUAAACAAAAG